AUGGCAGCAUUUACCGGGACUUUGGACAAGUGCAAGGCCUGUGACAAGACAGUGUAUUUUGUAGAUUUGUUGUCAGCUGAUGGACAGACUUACCACAAGUCCUGCUUCAAAUGCACCCAUUGCAAAGGAACCCUUGUGAUGAGCAAUUAUUCUUCCAUGGAUGGAGUUCUCUACUGCAAAACUCAUUUUGAGCAAUUGUUUAAGGAGUCUGGGAAUUUCAGCAAGAACUUCCAGACUUCAAAACAAGAACAUUCUACGACAAAAGCAGCUCCAACCAAGGUAUCAGCAAUGUUCUCCGGGACACAAGACAAAUGUGCUGCUUGUGAGAAAACUGUCUACCCUCUUGAAAAGAUGACGAUGGAGGGUGAAUCCUACCACAAGUCGUGCUUCAAAUGCGCCCACGGUGGCUGCCCUCUCACCCACUCUUCAUACGCCGCCCUCGACGGCAUCCUCUACUGCAAAGUCCACUUCCAGCAGCUCUUCAUGGAGAAGGGCACCUACCAGCACGUCCUCGAGGCCGCGGCCCACAAGAAGACCCCGAGCGGGGAGAUUAAUGUUGACUCCGAGGGCGGUGCUCACGAGACAAAACCAGAAUCAGAACCGGAAGAAAAACCAGAACCGGAAUCAGAAGAAUCCGCGCAGGAACAAUCUUAAUUGGAUCAUGCAUGCUAGUUUGUGAUUUGGAUCCAAAAUUUUCCUUACAUUUUCUUGACAAGUUUAUCUGUUGAGUUUGUUUGUUGUGUCAUUAGUUUGCUAUUGAGCAUCCUUCUGUACACUAAACUUUCUUCUACAUGUUUGUGUUACGUAUAUGCUUGGCUUGA